AGACGGAACAUUUGCGCAAAUUGUCGAAAGGAAGAUCCGCGAGUUUAGUAAAAAAUAACGAAACAAAAUAAAAUGCAUCCAAUUUCAAUGAAAUCUAUAGCAAUUAUAUUAUUUUUAAUCAGCUGCUGCAUUUCCAAAGGCUCAGCCAUCGAGUGUUACGUUUGCGAUUCCACGGAUAAUCCAAGUUGUGCGGAUCUUGACUCCAAUUCGAGUAUUGUGGCAGAAAAUUGCACUUUGGACAAAAUGAGAUCACUGAACACAUGGCUCUUAGACCUAAAUAAGUUUUCGUAUUUCGAUAAUGGAGCCGGUAAAAAUCCAUUGAUGAAUUGCCAAAAGGUGGUGGCCAGAGAGCCUGUUUACAAUCGAGUCGUAACGGCUCGUUUUUGUCAACUGGACACUGGCGACUCGGAUGCCUGUGCAAUUUUAAGAAGUAAAAUGGGAAUACCCCAGGGAAAUCAACAAGGACAGGGACGAGGCAAACGGGACCAACUGCAGGCACGAAAGGGUCAACAGGGUGGCUAUGACAGUGGAAAUUAUGGAGGUCAGGCCGACAAUGAUGAUUCAGCGCCCAAGGAUGAGUUUUUCUGUGAGAUAUGUAAAACGGAUCGUUGCAAUGGUGCCGCAGCCAUUACGUUGAAUCUCUACACUGGUUCUAUUAUGAUGAUGGCCAUGAUGAUGAGGGCUAUGCGGAUUUUCCAGCUGGGUUGUUGAAAUAGUGACAGUUGGCGACUGAGUUGGUUGCAUUUAGAUUGAGUUAACUGUUCUCAUUUACUUUGUAAAUAUUUGCAAAAGCAAUGUCGUUAAUAUGUACAAACGGCCCCACCCCUCCUUUCACAGUAUGAAAAACUUAACUAAACCACAACAUACACACACCCAGAGAACCCAAACCUUAGACAUGUAAGCACAGACACACACAUACACUACAGUACUCGCACACCCCCACACAAACACACACACACACACCCAUACACACGAAGUUGCAAUCUUCUUUACUUUCUGCAGAAAACACGCUUUGAAUCUAAACAGAUAUUACAGCCAGCAACUGCAGCAGCAUUUCAAUUCAAUAUCAAAAUGUUAUCUAUAUACUUGCAUACAUAUGAUAUACAUAAAAGUAAUUCUAGAUAACUCAAUUCGGCAUUGCGAAUUUAUUUCAUACCCAGUUUAGAGGAAAGUCUGCAAGAAACGCUUCGGCAUUUCAAAAAUCUUUAAAAAUCCUUUUGAAUAAAUCUUUGAUAGUCAUUUUUGAAAAUGUCCAGCAAAGCUAGAGGAAACUGUUAAAAAUUUGUUGUAAAAUUUGUAAGUUUGUUCUAGCACAUUGUCUUAGCUGACCUUAAACCACUCAGUUAAGUCUUUGGUGCUAAGUUGAUCCCUAUAGGUUGAUAAUUAUGACAUGUCAUGCACUUUUGCUAGACAAAUUUACAGUAGCAGUAGGAAACAACAAAAUCCUUUUUUAAGCUAUUUAAGCGAUAAAUUAGAUAAAAACGUUGCAUUGAAACUUUCAUCAAAAUAUUGACCACAUAUUUUUGACACCGUCUUGAAUUUGACUAAAUCUUAAAGGUUAGCAGAACAAUUCUUCGAUUUCUUUUAUUAUAAUUCCCAACUAGUUAUGGCUUUGGC